AUGCCGCCCAAGGACGCCGCCGCCGCCGCCGCCGCCGCCGCCGCCAAGGACGCCAACGCCGGCCCCAUCCAGCUCGAAAACACCGCCAAGCGCGAUUUUCUCCAAAAGCUCGAAUCCGAGUCGCAGGCGUACUGGAAGCAGCACAACGUCUUUGACGUCAACGCACCCACCCAGGAUGACGGCCUCGUAGACAUGACGCCCGAGGAGGUGCGCGCAAAGUAUCCCAAGUGGUUCGCCACCAUCCCCUACGCCUACAUGAACGGCUCGCUCCACCUCGGCCACGCCUUUACGCUCUCCAAGGUCGAGUUCGCCGCAGGCUACGAGCGCAUGCAGGGCAAGCGUGCGCUCUUCCCCUGGGCCUUCCACUGCACCGGCAUGCCCAUCCGCGCCGCCGCCGACAAGCUCGUGCGCGAGAUCGAGCUGUUUGGCCCCGACUUUUCCGGAUACAAGGACCCCGCCGAUGAGGCGGCGGCUGCCGAGGUAGAACCGCCAGCACCCACCGAAAACACCUCGAGCGCCACCAAGUCCAACGCCAACAACGUCGCCAAGGCCACCAAGGGCAAGCUGGCCGGCAAGGACACCGGCCUCAAGUUCCAGUUCCAGAUCAUGCUCAACUCGGGCGUGCCCAAGGAGGAGAUCCACAAGUUCGCCGACGCCAACUACUGGCUCAGCUACUUCCCGCCCAUCGCCAAGGCCGACUGCACCGCCUUCGGCUCGCGCAUCGACUGGCGCCGCGCCUUCAUCACCACCGACGUCAACCCGUACUACGACUCGUUUGUGCGCUGGCAGAUGAACAAGCUGCACGCCAUGAACAAGAUCAAGUUCGGCGAGCGCUACACCAUCUACUCGCCCAAGGACGGCCAGCCCUGCAUGGACCACGACCGCUCCGACGGCGAGGGCCUCGGCCCGCAGGAGUACACCGGCCUCAAGAUGGAGCUCGUCCAGUGGGGCGCGCUCGCCGCCCCCGAGCUCGACGCAAAGCUGCAGGGCAAGAACGUCUUUUUUGUCGCCGCCACGCUGCGUCCCGAGACCAUGUACGGCCAGACCAACUGCUACGUCGGCCCCACCAUCGAGUACGGCGCCUUCCAGAUCAACGACUCGGACGUCUUCAUCUGCACCGAGCGCGCCGCACGCAACAUGGCCUUCCAGGGCAUCACCAAGGAGCGUGGCGAGGUCAAGCAGCUCGCCUCGAUCAAGGGCUCGCAGCUGCUCGGCACCAAGAUCAAGGCGCCCUUUGGCCUGUACCCGGAGGUGUACGUGCUGCCCAUGGAGACGGUGCUCGCCACCAAAGGUACGGGCGUCGUCACCUCGGUGCCCUCGGACUCGCCCGACGACUACGCCACGCUCAUGGACCUGCGCAAGAAGGCCGAGUACUACAAGAUCGACCCGCAGUGGGCGGCGUUUGAGCCGAUCCCCGUGAUCCGCACGCCCGCGUACGGCGACAUGACCGCCGAGACGCUGGUGAAGCAGCUCAAGAUCCAGAGUGCCAAGGACAAGAACCAGCUGGCCGAGGCCAAGGAGCUGGCGUACAAGGAGGGCUUCUACAACGGCACCAUGCUCGUCGGCUCGUACAAGGGCGAGGCGGUGCAGGAGGCCAAGAACAAGGUGCGCGACGAGAUGAUUCGCGCGAAUCUGGCGUUUGCCUACGCCGAGCCCGAGGGCAAGAUCAUCAGCCGUUCGGCGGACGAGUGCGUCGUGGCGCUGUGCGACCAGUGGUACAUGGACUACGGCGAGGAGUCGUGGAAGGCGCAGGCGAGCAAGCUGAUCGCGCAGAUGAACACCUACGGCUCCGAGGUGCGCAACGCCUUCGAGGGCACCAUCGACUGGCUCAAGCAGUGGGCGUGUGCGCGCUCGUACGGUCUCGGCUCCAAGCUGCCGUGGGAUCCGCAGUACCUGGUGGAAUCGCUGAGCGACUCGACCAUCUACAUGUCCUACUACACCAUCGCGCACCACCUCCAGGGCGGCGUUGCGGACGGUAGCCAGGUGGGCCCCAUUGGCAUCAAGGCCGACGAGCUGACGGACGAGGUGUGGGACUACAUCCUGGGCGAUGCUGCGUUCCCGGCCGACUCGAGCGUGCCCCAGGCCAAGGCCGAGGUGCUUCGUCGCGAGUUCCGCUACUUUUACCCUAUGGAUCUGCGCUCGUCGGGCAAGGACCUCAUCCCGAACCACCUCACCUUCUGCGUGUACGUGCACUCUGCGCUCUUCCCCGAGCACCACUGGCCCAAGGCGGUGCGUGCCAACGGCCACCUCAUGCUCAACGGCAAAAAGAUGUCUAAGUCGACGGGCAACUCGCUCAGCCUGCGCCAGUCGGUCGAGAAAUUCGGUGCGGACGCCACGCGACUCUCGCUCGCCGACGCGGGCGAUGGCAUCGAGGAUGCCAACUUUGAGGAGAAGACGGCGAAUGCCAACAUCCUGCGUCUGCACACGCUCAUCGAGUGGUGCACCGAAGUGGUGCAGAACAAGAGUAAGCUUCGCUCGGGCCCGAAGGAUACGUUCUGGGACCGCUCGUUCGAGAACCAGAUGAACCAGCUGGUGCAGCUGACCAACGAGGCGUACGAAAAGGCGCUGUACAAGGACGCCACCAAGUACGGUUUCUACGAGCUGCAGACGGCGCGCGAUCUGUACCGCGAGGCUACGGCGGACGUGGGGAUGCAUGUGGAUCUGGUGCUGCGCUGGAUCCGCACGCAGGCGCUGCUCAUCACGCCCAUUGCGCCGCACUUUGCCGAACACGUGUGGAGCAAGCUGCUGGGCGAGGGCACGUCGGUGCAGACUGCGCGCUGGCCUGCGGCUGGGCCGGUGGACCAUUCGAUCGCCGAGGCGCUCGCGUACGUGUCCGGGACGGUCAAGACGGUGCGCGAUGCCGAGAUCCUGCUCACCAAGAAGGCCAAGGGCAAGAACGCGGCGCCGGUCAAGUACAACGACCGCGCACCCAAGCAGUGCCGCAUGUUUGUCGCCAAGAACUUCCCCGCCUGGCAGGACAGGUGCGUGUCUCUCGUCCAGGCGCACUACAACCCCGACACGGGCGCAUUCGAUGACAAGGCGAUCCGCGAACAGCUCGCCAAGGACGGCAUGCUCAAGGACAAGAAGGUGAUGAACUUUAUCGUCACCUUCAAGAAGCGCAUCGCCGACUUUGGCGCCCAGACCGCGUUCAACAGGCUGCUGCCCUUCGACGAGAUCGCCACGCUGCGUGCUGCUGCGGGCUACUUUAGGAAGAGCAUGCACUUUAGCCACAUCCACAUCUACCAGAUCGAAGACAAAGAUAGCUACAAGGAUGUCGAUGUCGACGAGAAGGUGCUCGAGGCGGCCGAGCCGGGUCAGCCCUCGUUUGCGUUCUUCAACGUGGAGGCCUAG